UGUGUUCUCGUGGUGUCUCAUCGGGGGCAGUAGAAUAAAACCCUUUUUUGCUUUAAGUAUGAUUUAACUUUAAUUCCGAGAUUGACAAAAAUUUACGUGAAAUUUAUGCCAGAAUAAUGCGUUUGCCUUCUUUUCAAUAAUUCAUGCCCUACUCGUUAUUCAGUAUUGCACAACUAUGGCUUGUACGAAAAGACCUUGAAGAAUCAAACUUGCCAACACCAGAGAUUCAUUUUCUUCAGCUGGUUUGCGAUUGGCAUCGUCGUUAAUUUCGUGGCACAAAAACUGUUGUCUUCAAGGAUUUGCAAACAUGGAAUGGCAUCUUUUAAUGGCAGGUGUCUGGAUCUUGCUGAGGUCGACUUAAAACAACCACCUGAGUAAGGAACGACGAUGUUCAAUCGCGAUGCGAGAACUCCAGAAGUUCGCAUGACCUUAUAAGUUGAUCAAACUGACCAAGAAAAUCACACUUUUGCAUAAGCUAACACAAUGCAAAAAAAAAGAUUCCUUCACUCUACUUCGCAGUAUAAAAGACAACGUGUGACAUCGUAUGCCUUCGACAUCCACACUUCAACAAAGAUAAAACCUACGCCUUGUUACACAACGGCCGGCGCUGUUACGGUAUGCCGUCGAAGGCGUGGAAUACAAGAGAGGCCUCAUUUCGUCUACUCCGAAAUUUCACCAUCGAGUUUAACUGGGAUUGAAAUUACUACUGCUCCACAACUAUCGCCAGUCGGUUUCAGCUCCAUUGACAGUUCCUUUGACGAUUCCACUUCUCUCAUCCGACAAUUGAGAGGUCUCGGUAAUCACAUCGCCGUUGGUGAUUGCGGGCAGGCAACCAUCGAUCUGAGGCAGUUCCUUUCAUGUUUGGGAUUAAUUGUUGAAGAGAUAACGACACUAACGGCUACCUUUACUUUAACGAAGACCAUAUCCACCGGGUAUAGAUCGUUGACUGUGUUAGGUUGCACUCCAUCAGCCUUCCCUUAUGUUUCUUGUCCUCCGUCUGAUGGCCCCAAUGACAGUACUAAUGAUACUGUUGUGAUAUGGGAGAAGCCGGAAACAACUGAAAAUCCAACUACGAAUUAUCCACAAUAUUUCUUCAGAGAUUAGUGAACGCAGAAAGUGCAAUCGUUUCGCGAUUCUCAUCUUGACGUAGUGCUGGACUUUCAUUGUCAUUCUCCCUAUGUGAUUUGUUUUGAGUCCAGCCUUUGAUUCGGGUAUUCUUAUUUAUUACUUAUUAUUUA